AUGGAUCCGAGCUACAAAGCUCGCAAGGAGGCAUUCGUGUCAAACCUUGCUGGAAGCACAAUCCUCGAAAUCAAUGCAGUCACUCUCGUUGCAUCAACUUCUGUCCUUCUCUGGUCAGCGCUUCAAUCCCGAUUGUCCUUUUUCACACCCUAUGGACCUGCGGCACUCGUAACGGAUUUCCUCCUCAAUGUUCUCGCCAUCUUGUUCGCGACAACAGCAUACUCCUCGGCGCCGCUCCUCCUCAACAUCUUCCUCGUCUCCCCCGCCGUACUGCUUUUCCUUACCAAAUCGGGCCUUCGUACUCCUCAAAAAUCCAAACCACCUCGCAAAUCCAAGGCCAAACAGGAAAGCCCCGAGGAAGAAUCGCUGUCCCUGCCCGUCCACCCAUUUUUGACGACAUAUCGCGCAGCCAUGAUGAUCGUUACCUGUGUUGCUAUUUUGGCUGUUGACUUCCGCGCAUUCCCUCGCCGCUUCGCCAAGGUUGAGAACUGGGGAACUUCUUUGAUGGACUUGGGCGUUGGAUCUUUCGUGUUCUCCGCCGGAGUUGUUUCUGCGCGAGCAGUUUUGAAAGGCCGCAAUUCGAAAUCCCCGAAAGUGGCUUUGCAUAAGAGGUUGAUUGGCUCAGCUCGUCACUCCAUUCCUUUGCUUCUACUGGGUCUCAUCCGUUUGUGGAGCGUAAAGGGCUUGGACUAUGCGGAACAUGUGACGGAAUAUGGCGUGCACUGGAACUUCUUCUUCACACUUGGCUUUUUGCCUCCUUUUGUGGAGCUCUUUGAUUCUUUGACUACACUGGUUCCCUCGUACGAGGUGCUUGCACUUGGCACUGCGGUUCUUUAUCAAGUUGCUUUGGAGUCGACCGAUCUUAAGGGAUAUAUUCUCGUGUCUCCCCGAGGACCGGAUCUGCUCUCUAAGAACCGCGAGGGUGUCUUCUCUUUUAUUGGGUACUUUGCAAUCUUCCUCGCCGGACGUGGUGUUGGGGUUCGCAUUAUUCCUCGCGGCACAUCGGCAACCAAGUCGCCUCAGCAGGCACGGAUAUCUAUUCUGGCAAGCUUGAUUGUGCAAGCUCUGUUCUGGUCUACCCUCUUUUUCUUCAACUCCACCUACGCCUUUGGAUACGGCGCCAAUAUUCCCGUGUCGCGUCGACUGGCUAACAUGCCGUAUGUCCUCUGGGUGUCAGCAUUCAACAGCGCGCAGCUGUUCCUCUUCUGUUUGACUGAGACUGUCUUCUUCCCGGCGGUCCACCGGGCCACUAAUAAGGAAGGCGAGGCAGAGCAGACUUCGUUUGCGACCAGUCGCAUUCUACAUGCCUUCAACCGAGGAGGCCUUGCGCUUUUCUUGAUUGCCAACUUGCUUACGGGCGCAGUAAACCUGAGCGUUCCGACUUUGGAUCUCAAUACCCCACAAGCAAUGGGGAUCCUGAUUGUCUAUGCAGCAGUACUAACUGCUGCUGCUUUGAGCAUGGAAAAGUACAACAUCAAGCUAAGUCUGUAG